AUGUACAAGAAUCUACAGGAACCUGGAGAGAAGGUGGGCUGGAGUGCCAUCAUAUGGGAUCACUACAAUAUUCCCAAACAUGGAUUUAUAGCUUGGCUUGCUAUGCUGAGGAGACUGAAGACUAGGGACAGAUUACAUAACAUUGGGCUAUGCCCUCUGGAUCAAUGCCUUUUGUGUGAGCUUGAGCAGGAAAAUCAUGAGCAUUUGUUUUUUGCAUGUCAUUUUAGCAAGCAAUGUAUACAGCUAAUAAAGGAAUGGCUGGGUAUUACAGCUUGUACAGAGAGCUACACCCAGUUGCUGAGAUGGUUACAAAGAAGACAUAAAGGUAGUAAGUUUAGGAAAAGAGUUAUGAAUGCCAGUGUGAUUGCUACACUGAGGUUGUAUAGGUGUGUAUGCAUUGGUAUGCCAAUGGCUUGA